CCAGAAACAGUUCACCGUUUGGCUAACAUCAUGCACGGUCUGCAAAAACUUCUACUGUUCCAUCUUCUUGCAUGCCUCGGGCAUGGAAGUGCGAUUAUACAUGGUGAAAAGGCAGCAAAGAACUCAAUGCUUUAUAUGGUCUCAGUGCAGAACAAACAAGGUCAUAUAUGCGGAGGAUUUCUCAUCACUGAAGACUUUGUGGUCACUGCUGCACACUGUGACAAUGAGAACCUUACACACGUUGUUCUUGGAAGCCACAAUCUCAACAACCAUCAUGAAAAAAUAGAGAUUAAAAAAUCCAUCAAGUUUGAAAAUUAUAGAAAUGUUCAAUAUGGUGAUGACAUCAUGCUCCUUAAAUUAUCUAGGAAAGUUCAACUAGACCGCACAGCACAGAUAAUUCAGCUUCCACAUGCUGAAAUAAAACUACAAAAAGAUCAAGUGUGCCAGGUGGCUGGAUGGGGUUUCACUGAAAAUUACUCUCUACCUAAUGAGCUGAGAGUGGUGAACGUUUCUGUCAUUCAAUAUCAACUCUGUAAGAAAAAAUGGCCUAAUCUUCCUGACAACGUUAUCUGUGCAGGUGGCUAUAGAACAAAUAAAGGAUUCUGUCAGAGAGAUUCCGGUGGUCCUCUGGUCUGCAAUGGGUUCGCAGUUGGUGUUGUUUCUUUCAACAAAAAUUUAAACUGCAAAUACCCAGAUGCACCCAAUGUCUAUACGGACAUCUCAAAAUACCGUCAGUGGAUCGACAAGAUUCUCAGAGGUGUAAUUUUAAGCAUUCCUGAUUGCUCUGUCGAUGUAACCAAAAGUGAAAAUUAAAAAGAUUCUGCUACUUCGCUCUGUCAAGCUGACCUUAUUGAAUUUAAAGCUCCUUAUCGCUUUAGUCUGUCACCAUGCAUUCUUUCAGCUAUAGCAAGUGUUGAUGUUCAAGUUAUCUUUUAUUACAAUGUUCUAAAUGUAUUUUAUGACCAUGGCAUGUAGAUAACUUGUAACUUUAUAUGUUUCGGUGCUUGUAAUUCUGCUGGCGUGCUGUCUGUACUGUUGUUUGACCCCCAAAGUUAAAUAAGCAAAUGAAAACAA